UAGGCGAAACCAGAGAGAGCGAAGACUGGUAGUUUCAGAAAUCCAUACAGCUCCGAAGCUCUCUUGAAUCAUCUGCAUCUCCACUAGUGCCAGCAGCUCCGACAGCCAUCGAUCACGCGAUUCUCGAGCUCCUCCGCCAUUGAUCCUCCGUUCGUGCCGGCAUUCGAAGGGUCGACAGUUCAAGAAAAUGUUGAUGGGUCAUACUGAUGGUCUGUCGGAGCGCAGUACAUCGAAGGAACAGCUGCUCCCUGAUCCUGAAUCUGAAUUAGACAAUGAUGAAGCGUCAGAUUCUUCUGAGGAGAUACUUUAUACAGCCUCAUUUGAGGAGCUUGCAACGAAUCACCUCAAGUAUGAUACCAUCAUAUGGCUGUCUAUAUCCCUGCUUCUUGUUCUAGCAUGGGGAGUUGGCAUCUUUAUGUUGAUAUAUCUUCCCAUUAGAAGAUAUGUGAUUCGAAAUGAUAUUCACUCACGAAAGUUAUAUGUCACACCUACUAAAAUUGUUUACAAGGUUUCAAGGCCGUCAUUCAUACCCUUCUGGCAUCCCGCAGUGAUUGAGAAGCAUGUACCUCUUUCCUUGGUGAUUGAUAUAAUAAUUGAACAAGGUUGGCUGCAGUCUAUCUACGGAAUUCAUACAUUCAGAGUUGAAAGCGUGGCACGUGGAAAAGCUGCACCAGUAGAUGAGCUGCGGGUUCAAGGGGUUUCAAACCCUGGUUUACUGAGGAAGGUUAUUAUCACAGGAGCUUCCAAAGUCAUACAGGAUGCUGGCAGAAGUUGGAAGCCUACUUCUUUUGUUGUCGAGGGAGACAGUAUGGCUCGUAUGACAUCAUUGACUGAGGGAUCAACUUAUCUGAAGUCACCAUCCAAAAGUUGGAAGACGACUGGUUCCUCACGCUAUCCUUCAAUUGAGCGGAGGGGCAUGGUGCCUGGUGAACUGCUGCUAAAUAAACUUGAAGAAGUCAACAAGUCAGUGAAGAAAAUCGAAUCACUCGUUGAGAAGUCUCAAGGGAUCCCGCACAACAACUGAUAAAGGAAGCCAGCCAAUCUUGGCCGUCUUCUACUUUUCCAGGGCAGGUGCUCUGCAGCCAUCUGAAUCAGGCAAAGUGACAGAGAGAAGGGGGUGGUUACCAAUGCCGCAGUUUUGCCAUCCUCCCAUACAUUGUUGUUUUAUCCGCGCAAUUGCAAAUCUGCUUCUGGUCUAUCAGUUGAUUGAUUGCCUUUUGAGGUUUGCUCUUUGCUGUCUAGAAUUUAGCUUUAGAAUCUCAAAGAGAACUUGCAGAGAGAGGUUUCCAGUUUUCUUCAUGAGGCUCGUGCCUUAAUGGGAAUUUCGAGUUGUAAAUAAUUCGAGGUUGAUUUUUUUUCA